GUUCUUGUACAUGUCUGUCUGUUCUCCUCAGAGCGGUUUCUACUGGCUGACUCUGAUGAACCAUUACGUUCCCAGUGUUUGCCUUAUGCUGCUCGCCCUUACAGAGGUGGUGGUGCUGGCUUGGGUCUAUG